CGUAAGCGGUGCAUCGCUGCUACGGAGUUUUUCGUGCUGAGUGAGCAGCACUGUAGUAAGAAACUGGUGUUUCCAAAAAGGUAUUUCACAAAGGCGGGCCAACCUAAUGACUGAAAAGACACGGGCAUCUCAACAAUGGGCAUCUCGGGACUGACUACUGCCUGGCAACAGGCAAAGGAUAAAAGUGCAUAGCUGCUAAUCCCAGUCUUACGCCCAGACGAGCGCUAUUUUCCUAUCAUGGCAGAUUCCUACCAGUUGCUACCUAUCUAGGUUGAUGCUCACGUUGGCGGAGUCUUUUGGUGGAAAUUGCUGGGAGUGAGAACUUCGUAAACGUGUACCUUUUUGGGUGUAGCGCUGACUCGCGAAUCCUACCUAGCGUGUAUUCCAAGCAAAUGGACUACGGGCUGCGUAUUACGAGGAAUGUAAUGAUUCAGAUGGAUUAAACAGCUGAUCAAUGAUCUAAAUAUACAAUGCCUCUGUACAAUACUUACCACUCUCCAUAUAUUUACUGCCGCGAGCACCUCAUAUCAAGAACGUCUUUCUUAAACUUUUCACUGUCAUUAUAAGGCAUGAUAAAACCCCUGCCCAUAAUGUUCCCUGUCAUAAAAAUCUGAGCGUCUCCACAGUGCAUUGGGAUCAUAUACCACCUGCAACGGCCUUGUAAAUCCCAAUCCUUCUUCCAACUCACAUAACUCCUCAAAACCCAUCGCGUUACUCUGCCUGAUAUCCCCCAUGUUAGAUGACCCAGACAGUCUCGGCUCCUGAAUCUCUCCCCCAAGAUUCGCUUCCAGACUGGUUUGAGGGUGAUCCAUCUUUGCCCCAAUCUGUUUCUGUAGCCGGGUGCGGGAAGCUUGCCGAGAGCGGUUAUACCAGAGCUCUGUUGCGGCGUGGUUCUGGGCUUUUAUGAUGGUUGAGCGCCUGCGCUGGUGCUUGCGGUACAUGCGAUGUACGAAGGAAAUGGCGGCGGCGAGUAGGACGAAGCCGAAUGUGGAGUUAAUUAUAAUGCAGACAACUGUAGUAUGUUGGGGGAGUUGAAGUACCAUGAUGAAUGCAUGGGUGAGCUGUAACUUGUAUUGCGGUCUGUGUCGGAUGAUCAGCGC